AUGGAUCAAAACAAUUAGUCAAGAUACUAUGAUCUCGAUCUGCUCUACACAAGAAAAAGUCAUUUUGCACCUGAAGAAUUCUAGCCUUUUGAAGAGUUAAGAGAGGGUAUUGCAGAAGCUGCAAAAGUUUUAGUUAUCGGUGCUGGUGGUCUUGGGUGUGAGUUACUUAAGGAUCUCGCUCUCAGUGGCAUCAGAGAUAUUCAUGUUAUUGAUCUAGAUAAGAUUGACGUGACAAAUCUUAACAGAUAAUUCCUAUUCAGAAAAUCUGAUGUUGGUAAUUACAAGUCCAAGGUUGCUGCAGAUUUUGUUAUGAAAAGAGUCCCUAGUGUUAAAAUAACUGCUUAUACGGAGCCCAUUCAAUCUUAUGACUCUGAGUUCUACAAGCAAUUCAUGGUCAUUAUUGCUGGACUUGAUAACAUUGAAGCUAGAAGAUGGAUCAAUCAAAUGGUUCAUUCUUUAGUAGAAUUUGAAGAAGAUUAAACUAAUAUUGGCGAGAAAAUUCCUUUACCUGGAACUUAGAGACCACUUAUUGAUGGUGGAACUGAGGGGUUUAAAGGUCAAGCAAGAGUAAUCAUUCCAUUCAAGAGUGGAUGCUUUGAGUGCAGUUUAGGUUCAUUACCACCUCAAGUCGGUUAUCCAAUGUGCACAAUAAGAGAGACUCCUAGAUUACCAGAACAUUGCAUUCAAUAUGCUUAUGUGAUAAGCUGGGAAGAGCACUUUGGAUCAAAGGCAGUUGAUAAAGACUCACCAGUUGACAUGAAUUGGAUUUAUGAGAAAGCACUUGAAAGAGCUAAGACCUUUGGUAUUUAAGGAGUUACAUAUCAGUUAACUAUGGGUGUCGUUAAAAACAUCAUCCCAGCUAUUGCUUCUACAAAUGCACUUGUUUCAGCUGCUUGUGUAACAGAAGCAAUUAAACUUAUUAGUGGAUGCAACCAUCACCUCAACAACUAUAUGAUGUAUAUGGGUUAAACUGGUCUUAAUACUCACACUUUUGAGUAUCAAAGAGAGGAGGUAAAUAUUUUUUGUUUAUUUAAUAUUCUAGAACUGCUGGGUUUGUAGCAGGAAACAAGUAUAAUUGACUGCCAAUAUCAAUGA